AGAUGACCUUGUCUUUAUUCCUCGUCCUCUGGUCUACACUGCCUCCCCAUCUUCUGUUGCGCCGCUUCAAGUCGAGCGUAGAUCAAGCUGGUGCUCGUGAUUCUCAGACCCCUGCGAGAGGACUUGACGUGGGCAGGCCUCGCCCUAUCGCCGCCUGAGGCUCAGCGUCUUGGCGGCUCAAGAUGGACUCGUACCUAUCGCACGCCCACAACCUCCUCUCCUCACCCGACUCAGUCCACUCCUCCUCUCGCAGCUUCUCAGAGCUCCUCGUACUGAGCGAGAAUACUCAUACCACGCUGCAGAAUGAUCUCAAGCGUCGACGGGAAUCGGACUGGGUCAGCGAGACGAUCGUCAAGAGACUGAGGAGCUCCACGGGCGUACUGAGUGAUGAGACCCUGCGGAACCGGAUCGCCCAAGUCAUCGAGGCCUUCUUCAGCUAUGUAUCUCGACAUCCCCCGAUACAAGUCUUCGCUACACCUCGCAAUACACGUGGGAGCCUUCCGCUGCAGACGUGGAUCUCAGCGUACACCUCCUAUGCGCACCUCUUCUCUCGCUGCUCAACGCUCUUCGUCCACCCCUCCUCACCCGCCUCCUUCCAAUCAGCUUUCCGCUGCAUCUCCUCCUCCUUCCUCACCCUCUCCAUCCGAACAGACCUGCUCAGCCACUCUGGUCCCGGAGGUGGGAAGUGGGAGAGAUUGACAGACUGUACGAGCAGACUUGCAGGACCUGUUCGGGCGGCGGGGAUGGAUCGCAGUGGGAGUGUGGGGUCUGAGGGGAGGGAGACGAAGAGGGCCGCGGUGAUGUGGUUGGGGAACGACUGUCUGAGGGGGUACUUCAAGCUCAACAACCUCAAGCUCUGCGAAACGGUCAUCAAGUCGAUCCAAGAAGCACUCUCACGCAACUCCCAGGAAGGCGCCGGCGAGUCCAUCUACCCGAGAUCAGACCGAGUCCGGUAUCGGUACUAUCUCGGCCGUGUGCGACUAUCCCAAGGACGGGUACGAGUUGCAUACGAGCACCUCUCAUGGGCACUGGAGAAUUGCUACUGCCCCUCUUCCUCCUUUACAGGAGCAGUGGACUCUACUCACCCUUCUGCAUCACCUCCACCGCAAGUUCGGCGAAUUCUCCUGCAUCUCCUGCCUACGGUCCUCUGCCUUGGGCUGCGCCCCUCCCCCGCCCUCUCACAGCUGCUAGCAGCUCACUAUCCUGACCUACUAAAUCUGUACGGCCCUCUGUUCGAGGCCGUUGCCAGGCCUUCUUUGGGUGAUUUUGACAUGCUGUUGAUGCAGAGGGAGAGGAAGGAGCAUCUGCGCAGGCUAGGCGUGUGGCUGCUUGUGAGGGAGAAGGCGACGAUUGGAAUCUGGAGGGGGAUUGUUCGGAGAUGCUUGCUUCUCUCCCUCCCCCCGACCUUUGCAUCCUCCAAUGCCCCUCCCACCCUCUCCAUAUCGCAAAUCCAACGCGCACUCCCCUUCUUCCUCUCUCCCUCCUCCUCCUCCUCCUCUCUCAGCAAAGUGACGAAUACACCAGCAGCCAUGGCCACGACCGCGCCUCUAGCCUACUCGGAAUUGGACGUAGAGUGCAUCCUUGCCUCGCUCGUAGACCAGGGGUACAUCAAGGGAUACACGUUUCACUCAAAGGGACUCGUCGUCUUCCAAAAGGGGGACAGGAUGGGAUUUGCACCUGUGAGCGCAGUCUAUUGAGACUGAGCGUCUAGCGCCUGAGCACUCCUGCGCAUCAGUUGGUGAGGUGCGGACAUUGUAUGAAAUUGGCAGGCGAAAGGGGGGAAGCAUCUAAAUAGGUCAGUUGGGAUAUGUGGCAUCCAUGUUGUAUAUCGAGCAAGGAAGCUGUAGUAAAGAAGGGAUCGAUCAGAGAAUAAAGCGAAAAUAGACGGGCAGAGGAAAGCAAAGGGGAAAUAGCGAAAGAAAGAAAUGGGAAGAGGUGAGGAGAGAAGAAAGAGAAGAGGAAGGUAAAAAGGGGGGAGAGACAGACGGCGAGCUGGAGCUCUGCCCUGUCCUCUCCUCUCCUCUCCUCUUCUGACCUACGCAGCCCCAAAAUUUGUACAAGAGUCCGCACACGAAUCACGAUUUUAUCUGCCGUCACUAGCAGCAUCU